GAGAAAUUGAGAAUCCAACACAGCCUCACAUAAAGAAUAAUAUUAUAUUUUUUUUUUGAUUGAAAAUUAAAAAUAAAAAUAAGUAAAGAAAUGAAAGAAAUAAAAUGAUUGAACUCAUCUUGCCUCUUCUCCUCUCCUCUCCUCAAAAUACACACAAAAUAGCAAUUGAUUUUUCCGUUGCUUUCUCUGGGGAGCUCCGCUCCUACUAACUACUCACUUAACACUCAGCCAUUAUAAUUUGCAGAAAAACCCUUUCUUUUUCUCAAAUUCUCACUCACAGUCCCUUCUGAGUCAUUUCUUUUUCUUCCAAGUCCAACCAUGGGGAGUUUCGCUCUUCACUCUCUCUCCUCUUCCACUUCUACCUACUCUCUCACUUCCCGCUCCACCUUGCUUCGUAAUCAUCGUUCUCCUCGACCCGCCAUCUCCAAAUCCCAACUCUCCAUUUCCUCUUCUCCUUCGAUCUUGACCCUCCGAUCAUCCACUCUCUUCUCCCCAACCAAACCCAUUGUCUUCUCUCCCCUCCGCAAAACUCAUCUUCAGAUCCAAGCUGCUGCUGCUGCGGCUGCUUCCUCUUCUUCUUCUUCAGCCGCACAGCCGUCGCCGCCGGUGCCUGUUCAAGGUGCGAAGAUUGUUCCCCUGAUUCUUUCCGUUGCCAUUGGAGUCGUUGUUCGAUUCUUUAUUCCCAAACCCGUCGAAGUGACCCCUCAGGCAUGGCAGUUGCUCGCGAUUUUUCUCUCGACGGUGGCCGGUCUGGUUCUGAACCCCUUGCCGGUCGGGGCUUGGGCGUUUCUAGGAAUGACUACGUGUAUUGCGACAAAGACUCUGCCUUUCACGGCGGCCUUCGGCGCCUUCACCAGUGAGGUAAUGUGGCUGAUUGUGAUUUCGUUCUUCUUCGCUAGAGGGUUUGUCAAGACCGGGUUGGGCGAUCGAGUUGCGACUUUUUUGGUCAAAUGUUUUGGGAAGAGUACGUUGGGAUUGUCGUAUGGAUUGACGAUUGGAGAGGCCUUGAUUGCGCCGGCAAUGCCGAGCACGACGGCAAGAGCUGGUGGGGUCUUCUUGCCUAUAAUUCAGUCGUUGGCACUAUCGGCUGGGAGUAAACCUGAUGAUCCUUCGAAGAAGAAGCUUGGUUCUUAUCUGAUUCAGUCCCAGUUUCAGGCUGCCGGUAGCUCUAGUGCGCUUUACUUCACCGCUGCAGCUCAAAAUUUGUUAGGCAUUAAAUUGGCUGAGAAAGUUGGGGUGGUAAUUCCCAACAUUUGGAUGACUUGGUUCAAGGUUGCCAGUGUACCUGCCAUUUGUUCACUUCUAGUUACGCCACUAGUUUUAUACUUAAUUUAUCCUCCAGAAACCAAGGACACUCCUGAUGCCCCUGCUAUGGCUGCCAAGAGACUGGAAAGCAUGGGUGCUGUUACCAGAAAUCAAUGGAUUAUGGUUGGUACAAUGCUUCUUGCGGUAUCCUUGUGGGUCUUUGGAGAAGCUAUUGGCGUACCAAGUGUUGUGGCUGCAAUGAUUGGUUUAUCUAUACUUCUUUUGACAGGAGUCCUUGAUUGGGGUGACUGCUUAAAUGAAAAAUCGGCAUGGGAUACCUUGCUUUGGUUUGCUGCUGUAGUGGGUAUGGCUAGCCAGUUGACAGACCUUGGUAUUGUAUCUUGGAUGUCUAACUCCGUCGCCAAGUUACUUACCUCCUAUUCAUUGAGCUGGCCAGCCGCAUUUGGUGUUCUUCAAGCAACAUAUUUCUUAGUCCAUUACAUCUUUGCAAGUCAAACCGGUCAUGUAGGUGCUUUAUAUGCUGCUUUCCUUGCGAUGCAAAUUGCAGCCGGGGUGCCUAGCGUGAUGGCAGCAUUGACUUUAUCUUACAGUACAAAUCUUUUUGGUGCUCUAACACAUUAUAGUAGUGGGCAAGCGGCUGUCUACUAUGGAGCCGGUUAUGUAGAUCUUCCCGACGUAUUCAAAAUAGGGUUCGUGAUGGCUGUGAUUAAUGCCGUCAUCUGGGUGGUUGUUGCAUCUUUCUGGUGGAAAUUCUUGGGACUCUAUUGAUUGAUUCCAAAGUUGUAUAAUAAUGUCAUUUUUCAGGUCAGUGCUGAGAUCAUCAAUUUGUCUCACAGAAAGUUUUUUUUUUGAGUUUUAGCCUUCAUUUAUUGCCUUUUUCAUAGUUGCAUUGGUUGCAAUGACAUUAUUCAAUUAUGAAUUUUUCAAUGAAAAGCCAAAAAGUAAUAAUAGAUGAAUUUUUACAUA